AAGGAAGGAAGACUUUGACUGUUCAUCGAUUUGAAGCACUAAGAGGAAAGCUCGUCGAACUUGUCCAGAAUACGGAAAUGAAGAUGAGAACAAAUUAACCCAAAUAAUUUGAGAGAGAGAUAGAGGAAAAAAAACAAAACUUUUCUGCAUCUGCUGAAAUUGAUCAUCAGAUCUAUGGCCGGCGAAGACGGAGGAGGAGGUAGUAGUGUUAGUCGAGCAAUACGAUUGGUGGUUUCCGAUUUCAUAUUAUCGUUUAUGUGGGUAUGGUCGGGAGUCCUUAAUCGUGUCUUCGUCUUCAAUGUUCUGGGUCUUGCCGAUAAUUUCUUUGGUGAAUCCGUUAAGUGUGGUUUCACCAUAAUUGUUAUGUUCUUCUUUGCCUACAUGGGAAAGGUUACCGGGGGCGGUACUUACAAUCCUCUGACUCUCUUAACCGGAGGUAUCUCCGGCAGUUUCCUGCACUUUCUUUUCAACUUCUGUAGCAGAAUCCCAGCCCAGGUUCUGGGAUCAGUUGUUGGGGUGAAGCUUAUAAUUAUGACAUGGCCAGGAAUAGGACAUGGACCACGUUUGAUGAUUGAUCUUCAUCAAGGUGCAUUAGUGGAGGGACUUCUUACUUUUACAAUCGUUUCGAUAUCAAUAGCACUCUCAAAGAAUAUUCCUGGAAGUUUCUACACUAAGAAUUGGAUCUCUAGUACAUCGAAAAUUGCCCUCCACCUUCUGGGAUCUGAUCUUACUGGAGGAUGCAUGAAUCCAGCCUCUGUAACUGGUUGGGCAUUUGCUCGUGGAGAUCAUACGACAAAAGAACAUUUACUGGUUUAUUGGUUGGCUCCGGUUGAGGCAACCAUGUUGGCGAUGUGGAUAUCGCGGUUACUAUCCCCGUUGAUAAAGGAGGAGGAAAAGAAGAAGAAAUCAGAUUAAGUCUCACUUCACUUUCUUGGUUAUUUAUGGAAAGAUUGUUUGUCUAGUUUGUAAGUAUGAUGCAAACAACUUGUAGCUGCUACAGUUAUUUAUUGCUUGUUUCUAGCUUAGCCUAGCUUAGCUUAUCUUAGCCAACAAGCACUGAUCUUUGGUAUUCAUUCAUGUAUGUCUUGCUAAUGUAAGCAUGUUUUUGCUUUUAAGUUUGAA